CACAUCACAGCUAAAAUAAAGCACAAAUGCUCAACCUUUUUUUUUCUCCUCACUAUCAUCACAUGACAAAAUCUAGUUUAUCCUUUUCCUAGAGAAAUGGGUGCGUAUUAUUAAUCUAUGCCUUUUCCAAUGAAAUACAUUAUAUUAUAUUAACCUUGACCUCUACCUUGUCAUUUCUCAGUAGCUAGCUAGGCUUCUUCUGUGUCUGAUCUUUCUUGAAUUCCUUCUUCAUGAGGAUACAUAUAUACAUACAUUUGAUCUUCUAGCUAGCUAGCUUGAGCUACAUAUAUACAUCAAUCAGAGGUUUUAAAUCUGGGUAGAUCGAAUGAGGAAGCUCAUCUUUGGGAAGGUGCUGGAUUGUUUUAGUUUUUCUUCUGGACCAAAAUCAUGUUUCUGCAUCAAUGGCUUUGGAGCUGAAGAAGAUGAUGACUUGGAGAAAAGGCCUCUCAUCAUUCAAUCUCAAAGUGAUGCUAUUGCAGGACCUGCAACUCUUGCUCUGCACCUCAAGCCUAAGGUGGUAGUGCUGAGGGUGUCCAUGCAUUGCAAUGGUUGCGCAAGAAAGGUUAAGAAACAUAUCUCAAAAAUGGAAGGGGUUACUUCUUAUGAAGUGGACUUGGAAACCAAGAUGGUGAUGGUUAUGGGAGACAUUGUUCCUUUUCAAGUGUUGGAGAGUGUUUCCAGAGUUAAAAAUGCAGAGAUUUGGACCAUUAAAUCCCCCAUUUAGUCAAUAAUUAAAAUAUAUAGAUGCUUCAUCCUAUCAAUAAUCAAUGUGUAUCGCCACUAUUCAACUCAACUAUGGUGGUGUUGUAUAUUUUUGAUAAUUAAAUCGAUUUAAGUUGUGUUAA